AUGCGUCUCCUCUCAGUCAGCACCGUUGCAGCUUUGGCAACUACCGUUCUCUCCCACGGUCUCAUCACCAAGCCCAAUUCUCGUGCACCUGGCGCAGCUUCCCUUGCCGCUUGUGGUGCCAGCGUAGUCAAUAACAUCAAAGGUGACAACACGUCACACGUGGAAGGGCUUCCCGAAGCCGCAGCCAAAGACAAGGCUUACCACGCCGACCAAUGCAACCUAUGGCUCUGCAAGGGUCUUCAAUUCGGGGAUAAUAAGGACAACGUGCAGCAAUGGACCACAGGACAAAAGGUUCCCAUUGAUGUUUAUAUCCGGAUUCCACAUAAGGGCACGGCGAAUAUUAGUAUCGUUGAUACCAAGACAGACACCUAUGUCGAAGGGGGCAGUAACCUGCUGUAUUGGGGGGACUACGCGGAUGAGAAGGUGAAACCUAAUUACCCAGCGAACCAAACCAGUUUCUCGGUGACAGUGCCAGAUCUUGGGGGGAAGUGCCGUGUUGCUGGAGAUUGUGUCCUCCAAUGGUGGUGGUACGGUACGGGAGCUAGGCAGACUUACGAAUCAUGUGUCGAUUUCGCAAUUGUUGAUGCGGUGGCUGCUGCACCUAAGCUCGCGAGAUCGAGGUUCUGGAACUUUUAA